ACCCAUAUGCUGUGUGUCAGAGAGAGAAAGACAAAGGGAGAGAGAGGAUAAUGGACGAGGGUCACAUGAACGGAAUGACGGAUAUGUCACCGCCACCAAUCGCUGCCACAGGAGCAUCACCGAAGAUGGCAGGCGACAUGAUGCAUCAUCACCCGAUGAUGCACAUGGCCUUUUUCUGGGGCAAAAAUGGUGAUAUUUUGUUCCCGGGUUGGCCCGGAACUAAUUCGGGUAUGUACGCUUUCGUUCUCAUCUUCGUCUUCUUCCUCGCGUUUCUCGUCGAGUUCUUAUCUCACUCGAACUUCGCCCGGAAAGGGUCAGGUCCGUUGGCGGUGGGAUUGGUUCAGACCCUGGUUCAUACACUGCGAGCCGGAUUGGCUUAUAUGGUGAUGCUGGCGGUGAUGUCGUUCAACGGCGGUGUGUUUCUGAUGGCGGUGGCAGGUCACUCGCUUGGAUUUCUUGUGUUUGGGACCUGGAUUUUUAAGAAGCCGCAGCCGCCGCUCACCGGCGAUAAAAACUCCGAUAUAUCUCCGAUGAUCUGUGCUUAAAUUAUGCAAUUAUGGUUGUGUAGUUGUGUUUCAAAUCGAUUUCUGCAUACUAGAAUUACAUUGGGAUUAUAGUUUUUCA